GAGUAUUUUCUCAUUCUUGAUAGCAAGGAAAUGAGCACAAAGAAAAGUGACACCUGUAAGAGAGAGGUAUCGGUGAGCGGCAUGUCAUUCCUGCGCGGCUCCACCAACUAUGUCUGGUGUACCACUUCCGUGCUGGGCAAGGGUGCCACCGGUGCUGUCUUCCAGGGCGUCAACAGACACACCGGCGAGGCAGUUGCGGUGAAGACGUUCAACCAAAUGUCACACAUGCGCCCCCCAGAGGUGCAGAUGAGGGAGUUUGAGGUCCUCAAGAAAGUCAACCACCGCAACAUCGUCAAGCUUCUGGCUAUUGAGGAAGAGCAAGAGAGCCGCGGUAAGGUGAUCGUCAUGGAGCUGUGCACGGGAGGCUCGCUCUUCAACAUCCUCGACGACCCUGAGAACAGCCACGGCCUGGAGGAGAACGAGUUCCUGCUGGUGUUGCAUCAUCUGGCGGCAGGCAUGAAGCACCUGCGCGACAACCACCUGGUACACCGCGACCUCAAGCCCGGCAACAUCAUGAAGUUCGUGGGACUCGACGGCUCCACCGUGUACAAGCUCACUGACUUCGGCGCUGCUAGGGAGCUCGAGGACGACCAGCAGUUCAUGUCUCUCUACGGCACAGAGGAAUAUUUGGUGAAUUGCGUUCAUGUCUCUACGGCACAGAGGAAUAUUUGCAUAGAGGAAUAUUUGGUGAAUNCCAGCAGUGUGUGCUGGUCGAUAGGUGACGUGUUGCCAGUUGCCUGCACUGUGUGCUGGUCGAUAGGCGUGACGUUGUUCCACGUGGCGACAGGUCUGCUGCCCUUCAGACCACACGGCGGGCGACGCAACAAGGAGACCAUGUACAGGAUCACCACUGAGAAAAAACCCGGGGUCAUAUCGGGGGUACAGACCUCAGAAAACGGACCUAUUGACUGGAGCAGAGACCUGCCCAGCACUUGCCAGCUUAGCCUAGGCCUGAGGAAGCUGGUGACGCCGCUGCUGGGCGGGCUGCUGGAGGUUGACCCUGAGCGCAUGUGGAAGUUCGAGGUUUUUUUCAGCGAAGUGACGUCGUUGUUGGCACGCAAGCGCAUCUACGUCUUCCAUGUCAACAGAGUGCAGUCUCUUACCAUUUACCUGCAGUCUGACCACAGAUACGAGCAGCUGCAGUGGCUGAUCAAGGACCAGUCUGAGGUGGCACCGGAGCACCAGCUCUUGCUGUACAACAACUCGACGUUCUCCAAGCUUUUGUAUUGCCCAGACACAAGCCCCGCGUCCUCCUUCCCCACCACGACCCCCCACAAGCCCCUCAUGCUCUUCUCGGCCCACGAGCAGGACAUCGUACUCACGCUACCGAAGACUCCAAGUCUGAAGUUCCCCAGCUUCCCCAACGUAGUGAGCGUGGACCAAGACGCUCUCACCGGCAAGAGCAUCUGCAGCGUGGGGCACGCGGUGUGCAGGAUGGUGGUACACCACGCGUCCUGCGUUGCCCUCAUCCACGACGCCGUCGCCCUCUACAGGACUGUGCUGAUGAGUGAAGCUAAGGAGAUCGUAUCAGAAUGCGAACGCUUGAGGUCCUCCACGCAGUUAACUUCAGACAGCUUCACUCAGCUGGUUACUCACCACAGACGCUUCCUCACCACCUGUGUCAUCGCUUGCCCUUCGAACCAACUGCAGCCAUCCACUCCACCAGCUGAGAUCACUGACGAAAUGGAGAGUUUUGUACAUUUAGGAGACGAGGCUAUGGGAGAGGGACAGUCAAGACUAGGUGAAGCACAGUCAAGACUAAGCAAUGCACAGUCAAGGCACAGCGAUGCACUGUCAAGACAAGGCAAUGCUCAGUCAAGACACGGCGAUACGGAGUCAAGACACAGCGAUGCGCAAUCAAGACUCUCUAACGGGGACAGUGGCUCCGGCAUCCGCAUCACAAGAAUAGAGAACGAUUCCAAAGCGACGGUCACUGGACUCAGAGACGCCCUCGAGGACCUGGUCAACAACCUCGUUGAGGAAGACAAAAAGGUGCGAGUGUCCAUGGAGAGCCUGGGUCGCCUGACCAGUCAGCUCAACAGUCGCCUGGUGGAGGGCGAUCAGCUGGACCAGAGCUGGCAGCUGCAGCUCACCACCAUCAACAGCUCCUGCAACAUCACCACCACACCAGCAUCGUCCCUCGCCAAGAGCAAGAUCGGCGUAGCUGUGUCCCCCAUCACCGCCCCCUCAGUGUCCCUCACCCCCGCCUCCAUGCAAGUGAACGGGUCAGGCGAGAGCGCCGUCGACGCGAUGGCCAAGACGCCCGCCAUAGCGGCCACUCUUGUGGGCAAACUGAAGGACUCGUGGCAGCAUCUGCUGAGGGACAGAGCGGCCAGAGCGCUGACGUUCAACGACGAACAGUUCCACCUGCUGGAGAAGCUCAAGAUGAAGGAGACGGCCAAGAGCUUGGAGUGUCUGCUGGGCUGCUGCGCCACCACCUUGCACACCUCCACUGACGGUCUCGCAGACUGGUGCAAAGUGGCUCAGGUGCAGAGGGUGCAGGUGGAUAUCGCUUUAUCUGACCAGCGACGCCACACAGAACAACUGCAGAUCCUGCAGGCUAAACUUGCAGCCACGCAGGACUCGUACCACACCCACGCCAACAGACUCCUCAACGCUCUGCAGGACUCGUCCAUAGCUCUGCAGGGCCGACCAGCCCCGACCAUCUCUACCCCCGCCGCUGCCGUCCCGACAAAUUCAACCCCUGAUGACCCCCAAGCUGGCCCCGACGACCCAGACGACGCUGGAGCCACCGCCCCCGGCUCGACCAAACCCAGACGGAAGCCCAGGACCCGCCGUAGUGUGUCGGGUCAUCGCGCUGCUGUCGCUAGGAAUUUGGAGCGUGUGAACGAGAAGCAGGAGGCGACGCUGCGUCUGCUGGAGGAGGCCAGGACCCUGGCCAAUCUGGUGCGUCAGACCGUCGUGUUCGGCCAGCAGCACCUGCAGCAGUGAUGGUCAGCAGCACCUGCAGCAGUGAUGGUCAGCAGCACCUGCAGCAGUGAUGGUCAGCAGCACCUGCAGAAGUGAUGGUCAGCAGCGACGUUAACCAUGGAGCCAGAUUCUCCUGUGAAUUCACCGCCCGAGUUUUGGUUACGUUGCAGAAUACUUUUUUGUAUUCAAAUGAAUUAUAACUAAUUACUAUUCUGGUGAAAUAAUUGAUGUGUCAUUUCUUAAGGAACUAUUUCUACGGGU